AUGAAAAUAGUUGAACGACAGUUGAUGUAUGGAGUGCAUUACUAUUACCUCAAGGACAAAUGUGGGAUUCCCUGGUGGUUAGGCAUAUCGUUCGAUGGAUUGAGACUGUACGAUCACAAUGACAGGAGAGUUCCAAGAAAGGUUUUCAAAUGGAAGCAACUUGAAAAUUUAUACUACAGAGAUAGAAAGUUCAGCAUCGAAGUCUACGAACAACAACAACAACUAUCAUCAAACAACAACAUCAACAACAACAACAUUAGUAACGUUAACAUCAAAAACAGCAACAACAACAUCAACACAACAACAACAACUGCACACAUUAACAUUCAUACAUGGUUUCUGCCUUCUCAAAUACAUGCUAAGUAUCUCUGGUCUCUAUGCGUUGAGCAACAUCAGUUCUAUCUGGAUUUUCAUUCCGUUAAUGUUAGUAAAUCUCUCUCUCUCUCUCUCUCUCUCUCUCUCUCUCUGUGUGUGUGUGUGUGUGAUUGUGAGUGUGUGAGAAUGUUAAUGGUGUUAUGUAGUAUAUGA